AUGGCGACCCCAGGCAUGAGCUGGCAGCAGCACUAUUACGGCGGCUCGGCGACAGGGGCAGCCAAAUUCGCGACCGGGCACGGCAUGGACUACAACCAGGACCUGCACCUGAAAAUGAGCAAGAAGAUCGCGCAGCUCACCAAGGUAAUAUAUGCUUUGAACACUAAAAAUGAUGAGCACGAAUCUGCAAUUCAAGCCCUCAAAGAUGCUCAUGAAGAAGAAGUCCAACAAAUUCUUGCAGAAACAAGAGAAAAAAUACUGCAAUAUAAGAGCAAAGUGACAGAGGAGUUAGACCUUAGAAGGAAGAUUCAAGUUUUAGAAGCAUCCCUAGAAGAUCACAUAAAAAUGAAGCAGCAGGCUUUGACUGAAUUUGAAGCUUACAAGCACAGAGUCGAGGACAUGCAGCUCUGUGCAGAAGCCCAGCAUGUCCAACGCGUGGUAACCAUGUCUAGAGAGGUGGAAGAGAUUAGAAGGAGAUUUGAAGAGCGGUUGCGGAGCUUUGGACAGUUCCAAGUGCAGUUUGAAAAAGACAAACGGUUGGCAUUGGAAGGUUUGCGAACUGCUCACAGACGAGAGGUGCAAGAGCUGCUGAAGUCACAGCAGGAUCACAGUGCCUCUGUGAGUAAAGGGCAGGACAAGGCAGAGGAGCUGCACAGGAUGGAGCUGGAGGCUUUAAACAAAACACUUGAAGAGCUAAGACUUGAAAAGAAAAAACUCGUCGAGGAAUAUGAAGGCAAGUUGAAUAAAGCACAGUCUUUUUAUGAGCGGGAGCUUGAUAACUUGAAAAGGUCACAGGUUUUCACAGCUGAAAGCCUGCAGGCUAGCAAAGAGAAGGAAGCUGAUCUUCGAAAAGAAUUCCAGGGACAAGAAGCAAUUUUACGAAAAACCAUAGGGAAAUUAAAGACUGAGUUACAGAUGGUGCAGGAUGAAGCCAGCAGUCUUCUUGACAAAUGCCAAAAGCUGCAGAUGGCACUUGCCACAGCAGAGAGCAAUGUGCAGGUUCUUCAAAAACAGCUUGAUGAUGCCAAAGAGGGAGAAAUGGCCUUAUUAAGCAAGCACAAAGAAGUGGAAAGUGAGCUAGCAGCUGCCAGAGAACGUUUACAACAGCAAGCUUCAGAUCUUGUCCUCAAAGCUAGUCAUAUUGGAAUGCUUCAGGCAACUCAAAUGACCCAGGAGGUUACUAUUAAAGAUUUAGAAUCAGAAAAAUCAAAGGCCAAUGAGAAAUUAUCUCAGCUUGAAGAGGAAAGAGCUUUUCUGCAAAGCAGAACUCAAAGUCUGGAUGAAGAGCAGAAGCAGCAGAUUCUGGAACUUGAGAAGAAAGUUAAUGAAGCAAAGAGAACUCAGAAAGAAUAUUAUGAAAAGGAGCUAAAAAACCUGCAAAAUAGAUUGGAAGGGGAGGUGAAUCAAUUAAAUGAGGCCCAUUCUAAGACUCUGGAAGAACUGGCCUGGAAGCACCAUAUGGCUAUUGAGGCUGCCCACAGCAGUGCAAUUAGAGAUAAGAAAAAACUGCAAGUGGAAUUGGAGGAACAAUAUAAAAAGGAGAAACUAAAUAUGGAAGAAGACAGAAACCAGCUUCAACUAGAGCUAGAAAAUGUGAAGGAAGUACUAGGAGACAAACUGAAUACAGCCAAUCAAGAGGUAAGACUUCUUUAGGCCUGUCACCUACAUUGCGUAUCUUAAUAAUAACUUAUUCUGCUGACACUGAUGCCGCCUAGCAACUGUGGUGGGUCUGUUUUCCUUCUGUCUCUUAAAGAAUUAAAAGAUGGGGGACCAGAAAGUAGCAGGACAAAGAAAGUCUGUAUUGCAAAGCAAAAGGAGAGGCUUCUUGAGAGCAAGAAGGAGGGUCCUGAACCAGUGGUUCACUAAAGCACUCAGGGAGGUCCCUUUUUAUGGAUCCCAUUAUCUUUACUUCUUUUUCCUCCCCCGUGUCUGGGUGAUCUUUCUGGUAUCUGCACCAGAAUUCUCCACCUGUAUAGGGUUAGAUUUGGCACUGAAGGGCUUCUUGGGAAUUGAUUGGGGGAGAAUGUAAAGGUGGUGUCUUCAGGCACAGUCCUCUGGGAAGAAGACAGCUCGUUCCAUCACACUUUCUCUCAUCGCCAUCUUUAGAGUAGCCUUGGCAGUUCCCCUUUCAACACUGUGUAGGUAGGUGAGCCAUCUGGAGUAAAAAUAAAGACACUUUAAAUGAUGCUGAAUUUUUCACAAGACUUUGGUUAUAUCUCACUAGGUAAAAAUUUGCUAUCAAAAACAGUAAACCAAGUGGAAAUGCAGUAAAUUACAAAAGAGAUCAUCACCUUACUGGAAAGAAAACAAAAGAGGUAUCUUGCUUGUUUGCAAAACUUUAGCAUAGUCCUCUACUCUGUGUCUCAUUUUUAAAGAUAGAGAAAAACUUUGUAAGUUCUAAAUAGUGACAUCUUAAAUAAACUAUAUGAACAUACCAUUUAGCCUGUAGAAAAAAAAUGGUAAAAUUCAGUAGGAUAAUAAAAAUGUUCCUAGUCAAAAAAUCUGGGAAUAGAAUAAAUGUAAAGACCUUUUACAUUAUUAGUUCCUUCUUUUUCUUUCCUUUGCUGUGGCUGAGCUACGUGCUAGAAUUCCUCCCUGCUAUCUUCUUUUCCAUUCUUUCCAGUUCAUCCUUCGUGUGGCUUAUUGGGUGAUAUCUCUCAAUCUCAGUUCUCAUCUUGUCAGCACUUCCUGCCUCACUCCUGUCAUCUUCCUCGACAGCCUUCCAGGCAUGCUUUCUCAUUACUCUGUUUCUGUCACAGAAACCACACUAAAUGCAUGAGUGCCCCCUGGGCAGGCUAAUGAUUUGCUCUCAGUGAGUUAUUUUUAAACAUUUAUCUAGAGAAAGUACCAAGCACUACCAUUUGGAAUGAUAGAACUGUAAGUUUUGAUUCUUAGUGGCCCAGCCUGUCUUAUAUUGUCCAAGAUAAUUCCACUGCUGGUCACAUUUACACCUCUCUCAGCAGAGCAUGAUCCUCGUGGUUACUGUGUCCUGCUCCCAUUAGAAGCACUUUAGUGACCAUUGUGUUUCUUAUGCAGGCCCCUUAGCUGCUUCUCUCAAUUCUAAAUGGUUUAUCUAAGUAUAUGUUCAACCUACUCAGGGUAACUUCACGGAGAAGAGUUCUAGUAAAUGUGUAACUUAUUUUCCCUCUGGCUACAUUUUCAAUUAUGUUUUUGCAUCCUGGUAAUGUCUUGGUGCCUCUUUGGAGUGGCUCCCAAGAAUCUGCCUGACUCUUUCUUCCAUAUGUUUCUGCUUUCCCUACAGUCUGGGAUGUCUUUUCUCUUGUCCUGCUUUGCUGACUAGGAUCCCCAGAGAUAGUAAACAUUGUUUUUUAGCUUCCUGAUCUUACAGGAAAGGAUAUCAACAUUUUCCGUUUGAUCAUAAUGCUUCUCUAGAGUCUUGUUUUGUAAGUGCCCUUUACUAGGUCAGGGAAAUUCUCUUCUAAUUCUGGUUUUAAAAAAGUCAUGAAAAACUGUUGGAUAUUCUACACUUAUUAAAAUCAUACCUUUUUCUUUAAUUUGUUAAUGUGGUACCUUCUACUAAUCAAUUAUCUCAUAUAAAUCAACCUUGAAUUUCUAAAAUAGGUCCUAAUGCUAGAUUCAGUUUGCUAAUAUUUGUAUUAGGCUUCUUGAGCCCAAG